GGCGGGGGGCGGGGGAGGCCAUGGCCGGACGCUGCUGGCGGCGCGCUCCCCUCCGUCGCGGCGUUGCCGGCGGUCCCCGGGUUCGCCGGCUCACGCGGCCCUUCUGGUUGCUCCUGGCAGUGGGAGUCUUUGGCUGGGCCGGGGCUUCGGACGGCUCCGGCCGAGCAGCGAGAGCCAUGGACGAGGAGAUAGUGUCCGAGAAACAAGCCGAGGAGAGCCACCGGCAGGACAGCGCUAACCUGCUCAUCUUCAUCCUGCUGCUCACCCUCACCAUUCUCACGAUCUGGCUCUUCAAGCAUCGCAGGGCCCGCUUCCUGCACGAAACUGGCCUGGCUAUGAUUUAUGGUCUUUUGGUGGGUCUUGUGCUUCGGUAUGGUAUUCAUGUUCCGAGUGAUGUAAACAACGUUACCCUGAGCUGUGAAGUGCAGUCAAGUCCAACUACCUUGUUGGUAAAUGUUAGUGGAAAAUUUUAUGAGUAUACACUGAAAGGAGAGAUUAGCUCACAUGAACUUAAUAAUGUUCAAGAUAAUGAGAUGCUUCGAAAGGUUACUUUUGAUCCGGAAGUAUUUUUCAACAUACUGCUUCCUCCUAUCAUAUUUUAUGCAGGUUAUAGUCUCAAAAGGAGACAUUUCUUUCGAAACCUUGGAUCUAUUCUAGCAUAUGCUUUUCUUGGAACAGCAAUUUCUUGUUUUGUUAUUGGGUCCAUAAUGUAUGGCUGUGUGACACUGAUGAAAGCGACUGGACAGCUUGCAGGAGACUUUUACUUCACAGAUUGCCUGCUGUUUGGUGCCAUCGUGUCGGCAACUGAUCCAGUGACUGUUCUUGCCAUAUUCCAUGAGCUUCAGGUUGAUGUUGAACUCUAUGCACUUCUAUUUGGUGAAAGUGUCCUCAACGAUGCUGUUGCCAUAGUGCUGUCCUCCUCAAUAGUGGCAUACCAGCCAGCUGGAGACAACAGUCAUACCUUUGAUGUCACAGCCAUGUUCAAGUCUAUUGGGAUCUUCCUUGGGAUCUUCAGUGGGUCUUUUGCCAUGGGUGCUGCUACUGGAGUGGUGACAGCUUUAGUGACAAAGUUUACCAAAUUGCGGGAGUUCCAGUUGUUGGAGACAGGCUUGUUCUUUUUAAUGUCCUGGAGUACCUUCCUCUUGGCUGAAGCAUGGGGCUUCACAGGUGUAGUUGCAGUAUUGUUUUGUGGCAUUACACAAGCACAUUAUACCUACAAUAACUUGUCUACGGAGUCUCAACACAGAACUAAACAGUUGUUUGAGCUUCUCAAUUUCUUGGCAGAGAAUUUCAUCUUCUCCUACAUGGGACUGACAUUGUUCACCUUCCAGAACCAUGUCUUUAACCCAACAUUUGUAGUAGGAGCAUUUAUUGCUAUUUUCUUGGGAAGAGCUGCUAAUAUUUACCCCUUGUCCCUCUUACUUAAUUUGGGUAGAAGAAGUAAGAUUGGGUCAAAUUUUCAGCAUAUGAUGAUGUUUGCUGGCCUCCGCGGGGCAAUGGCGUUUGCUCUGGCCAUUCGUGACACCGCCACUUAUGCCCGCCAGAUGAUGUUUAGCACCACGCUUCUGAUCGUGUUUUUCACUGUGUGGGUAUUUGGUGGUGGCACUACUGCAAUGCUGUCAUGCUUACAUAUCAGGGUUGGUGUUGAUUCAGACCAAGAACAUUUGGGUGUUCCUGAAAAUGAAAGGAGAACUACCAAAGCCGAGAGUGCUUGGCUCUUCCGGAUAUGGUACAACUUUGAUCAUAAUUACCUGAAACCUCUGCUGACCCACAGUGGCCCUCCGCUCACCACCACACUCCCAGCCUGCUGUGGACCCAUUGCCAGGUGCCUGACCAGCCCCCAGGCUUACGAAAACCAAGAACAGUUGAAAGAUGAUGAUUCUGAUCUCAUCCUUAAUGAUGGCGAUAUCAGUUUGACAUACGGCGAUUCUACAGUGAACACUGAAUCGGCAGCAUCCAGUGCCCCUCGAAGAUUUAUGGGAAACAGUUCUGAGGAUGCCCUGGAUCGGGAGCUUGCAUUUGGGGAUCAUGAACUGGUCAUCCGUGGAACACGCCUGGUUCUGCCUAUGGAUGAUUCUGAACCCCCAUUAAAUUUGUUAGAUAAUACAAGACACGGCCCAGCCUAAUCUUAUUAAGCCUCACUUAGUGAUUUAUACAAUUUGCACAUGUGAUUGUGAAGAAAUUUGUACUACCUAAAAGUCCCAGUGCAUGUCUCUGAAUGUGUCCGCUCAUAAAUACUAUUUAUAUGGCCUAGAAAGAAUAUAACUAUCCUGUACAAGGCAGUCUGUGAACAAUGCAUUCUUUGUUUUCCUGGCUGUGUACUAUGUAGUCUGGAUCUGUUUUAGAAAGUUACUUUCAUUGAAUGUGUAUGUUUGGUUAGCUUUCUGUCUCAAGCUAUAAAAUGUGACACAAUUACUGUUUCUUACAUUUACCUGGCAAUUAACCAGAGUACCAAGUUCUUGUGAUGUCAGUUAAUUUUGUGAGUGCGUGGUGCAGGAGGGACAGGGAAGAGGGAAUGUAAGUUUCUAGAGAGUGCAGGAGGGGAGAGGUUCUUGAUGGGGAAAGUUUUGUUGAUUGCUGCUGCCUUUGUUCUGGCUUUCUCCCCCCUUUCCCCUGGUGCAAGGAGUUUGUGGUGUAUUGAUCUUGCCCCAUUCAGACUGCGGAGGGAGGUGUAGGGGCCUUCUCCCCCUUGCAG